GGGGCGGGGCGGGACCGGGCGGCCCUCCCGAAAGUGGCGGUUUGCUGGAGGCGGUUACCGUAGUGUCCGGAAUAGUUGGAGUCGGUGGCGCGCUUCCCCCCGUAGCGGGACACCGGUUAUUUGGGCCCUGCCUCAGACUCCGGUUGCCGGCCCCGUUCCCUCGGGCUGCUGCGGCCCGUCCUCCCUCUCCGGGCGGGGCCACCCGUGGGCCGCUCUAGGUUCUCUCCCCUCCGAUCGCCAUUCCUUCCCGGAGGAGUCGCAGAUGCCGGGAAGUAUGGCCCCCCUCCAGAAGCCUCGCCACGCCACGAGGAUGCCCCUGGCCCUAAACCCCCUGAAGAGCAAGGACGUGCUGGCGGUGCUGGCCGAGAGGAACCAGGCUGUAAUGCCGGUUGGGGCCUGGGUGGAAGCGGCCUCGCCAGAUAGUUCGGAAGUCCCCGCGUAUACUUCAGCAUAUAUAAUUGAAGAAGAACUAAAGGAGCAGCUAAGAAAAAAACAAGAAGCUCUGAAGCAUUUUCAGAGACAAGUCAAACAGCGAGUAAAUCAGCAAAUCAGGCUGAGAAAAAAGCAACAGCUUCAGAGAUCUUAUGAAGCAGCAGAAAAAGAAAGCUCUAUAGCCACGCAGUCUUCAGAUCCAGCACAUUUAACUCCUAAAAAAACAAGUGUUUUUUCAAACAACUUGAAUGCUGCUAUUGGAAGUGCUAGGUUACCUCCUUCUCAGAUGCUUGGAGAUGGAAUAGAUGAUAGAGAGAAUCAGAAUGAAUUAUUCCAACAACAAGCCCAGGCGCUUAGUCAAACCAUGAAACAGGCCCGUCACCGGCUGGCAUCCUUUAAGACUGUGAAUAAAAAAAAUGCAUCAAUGUUCCCAGAUGGUAGAAGGAAAACCUUUCCCCCUCAAGAGGAACCUGACUCUGAGGAAUCUUCAUCUACUACGGUAGAUAAGAGAGAGAAAGAAAAUUUGUUUUGGGGACAGCAGCAGGAUCUCCUUUCUGAAGACAGGGAGAAACCUUUCAGCAGAGUUCAGAAAGUACAGUUCAAAAAUCCAUUAUUUGCUGUGAUGAAAGAGGAAGAGCAAAAGCAAUUAGAUCUUCAGGACCUUCAGGAUAUUCUGCCGGAAGCCCAGGAUUAUCUUGCAGAAGCCCAAGGUGAUCUGCUGGAAACCCAGAGUGAUUUGACAGGAGUCCAGAAUGUUGAGCUAGAAGCUGAGAGUGUUGAACCAAGGCUCAGUAUCCAGCCUAUUGAUCCAGAAAACCAAGCUGUUGAGCCCGAGGCCCAGGCCAUUGAGCCUAAAGUCCAGGAUGUUAAGAUAGAAACUCAGGGUAUUUUGCCAGAAGCCCAGAAUAUUGAACUAGAAGAUGAGAGUAUUAUGUCCAAAGUCCAGGAUUUGCUACCCAAAGAACAGUCUGUUCUUCCCAAAGACCAGAAUAUUCUACCCAGAUGUCAGGACCAGGACUUUCUACUUAAAGACCGGGAUUUUCUACCCAAGGACCAGAAUAUUCUACCCAGAUGUCGGGACCAGGACUUCCUACCUAAAGACCAGGAUUUUCUACCUAAAGACAAGAAUAUUGAAUCCAUAUUUCAGGACCAGGAUUUAUUACCCAAAGACCAGCAUUUUCUACCCAGGGAUCAGAAAGCAGGUUUGAAGCAGGGAGCAUCAAUUUUGUUAGGCCCAAGAGAGAGAGAGGCAUUUCCUCUGGCUGUCCAUCAGGACCUUCAACACAGGCAUCAAGAUCAGGCCUCCAUCAUGGACAAGAAAGUACGCUUCAAGGAGUCAUACUCUGAUAUGUCAAGUGAGGAAGAGAGGGAAGGCUUUUCUGUGGCAGGUCAUCAGUAUCUGCCUCCCAACCUCCAGGACCAGACCUUCAUCAGAGAUCAGAGCAAGUAUAUCAAGCAACCCUCAUCUUUUGAGAAAUGGGAGAUUGAAAGAAGACUGGCUUUUGGAGUACCACCGCACAAGAACUAUGGGCAGGCCUUACAUAAUAUGACAGAGGAGAGAUGGAGAAAGGAGUUAUUUCUGGAGCCUCAUGAAUAUGUUUUACGUGAUACCCAUGAUCCAGGUUCUGCUGGACAGCAGAGCUUAUGCUUCAGGCAGCAGCCAUCUGUUGGGACAUCUGAAAGAUGGCAAGAGGAUUUGCGUCUGGAUGACCAUCAGCAUCUGCCACCCAAGCACCAAAGAGAGGCUUCCAGCAGAAGACAGCGUCAAAAGCAAUACCUGAGAUAUAGACGACUUUUCAUGGAUAUUGAGAGAGAACAAGUAAAAGAACAACAAAGGCAAAAAGAACAUCAGAAGAAAGUUGAAAAAAUUAAGAAGAAAAAAGAGCAGCAGCGUUAUGCUGAAGAACAGAGGAUACUAAGAAUGAACUUUCAUGAAGAGCCAUAUUCAGAGAAGAUGAGUGAGAUACUAGCCCAGCUACAACUUGAGGAAAUAAAAGGAGCCAGAGAAAAACAACAACAGAGAGAAAAGGAAUGCCAAAGAUAUAUGGAAGCUCUGCGAGCCCAGAUCCAGGAGAAAAUGCGACUGUAUAAUAUUACUUUACCUCCCCUCUGCUGUUGUGGUCCUGACUUUUGGGAUGCUCAUCCUGAUACCUGUGCCAACAAUUGUAUUUUCUAUAAAAACCAUAGAGCAUAUACCCGGGCACUGCAUUCUGUCAUCAAUUCCUGUGAUAUGCCUGAGGGGACCUCAGCUCUUCGAGUCGCCAUGCAUAAUUUGGCUUCUGCACACAGACGGACUUUGAAAAAUCUGUAAUGAGAAUCUGAAUCCAAUUGUUAGUGUUUCACUCUUCACUUAAAAUCAACCCUGAGAGAUUAUUUAGGAAAAGCUGUUAAAAUGUGUAAUCUGGUAAGAAGGACUGUCACAUAUGACAGUCAUCUCUAUAACUAGAUCAUAACCAUUGUUUCAGUCUCUGCUUGUAACUGAAAUUGAAAGUUGACCUCCAAACCUGUGUUUUUGCCAUGAACUGUAUGGAGUCCAUUGUUUUCAAAUGAUCAGUCAGACCAAUAGCUCUGCUCUGGUCAGAAGAGAUCAUGAGAAAUCUUUGAGAUUCUCUCAUUUUGUCUUUCUUAAAGUCUUGACUUUGAGUCUUGACAAGAUUGAAAAUGUCUAGAUAAAGCCAAAAAGAAGAUGAUGAAAUGAGUUUCUGAGCAUCAGUGGCCAUCUGUAUUGCUGAUAGCUUUUCUAGUUGUAUAUAACAAUUAGAAGUGAGAAGAAUCUGAAUUUGAUGUACAUUUUUUUCUCAAGAUUUUUCUCUCCUGGCUUUUAAACUUAGUACCUCUUUCCCUACUCAAUGACAUUGGACUUAAGACUUUUUAAUUUUAUAAUUUUCUAUUGUAAAAAUAAAGUGAAUAAACCCUCUGUCUUUUGAGCAUCUUCUAUGUGAAAUCAUUAUCCAAAAAGUAAAUCUGGGGAUGCCUGGGUGGCUCAGCAGUUGAGCAUCUGCCUUCCACUCAGGAUGUGAUCCUGGAAUCCAGAAUCGAGUCCUGUAUCAGGUUCCCCGCAGGGACCCUGCUUCUCUCUCUGCCUAUGCCUCUGCCUCUCUGUGUGUCACUCAUGAAUAAAUAAAUAAAUGUUUAAAAAAAAAAAAGUAAAUCUGAAGUCAAAGUGAGUAAAGUCCUGCCUUAUUUAUCCCUAUCUUUUAAAAAUCUGGUGAAUGGCAUACCUACAGUGCAGAUAAAAUAAAAAUUGCUAUUGUUAGCAUGAAUUUAUUUCUUCAUAGUAUUUCCUGAUGCAAAAUAUGAAAAAGCUUAGUAUUGAAUUAAAGAUACUGAGAAUUCCUUUUUCUUUUUCUUUUUUUUAAAGAUAUUAUUUAGUCAUGAGAGACACAAAGAGAGAGAGGCAGAGACACAGGCAGAGGGAGAAGCAGGCUCCAUGCAGGGAGCCUGAUGUGAGACUUGAUCCUGGAACUCCAGGAUCACACCCUGGGCUGAAGGCAAGCACUAAACCACUGAGCCACCCAGGGAUCCCAGAUAAUUCCUUUUUCUUAGUUUUCUCUAAUAAUUAGUGUUGAAGAAGCACUUGAGUUAUGUCUCAAAAAACUCCUAAACAUCUAGCCAGGUCUUUGAAAAUAAGAGUCAAAAUUUACCUGUAUGACAAGAUUGACUGGUUAUUUACCCAGAUUAAUAAUCUAGUUCAGUCAAAAUCUUUAAUUAUAUCAAUGAUUCAGCAUUAAUGAGUUGUAUUUAACAGUUUUAUUGAGAUAUAAUUCAUAUACCAUGUAAUUAACCCAUUUGAAAUGUACAAUUUAGUGGUUUUUAGUAUAUUCUAGGAUUGUGCAACUAUCAGCCACUGUCAAAUUUUAGAAUCAUCUUGUCAUUCUAAGGGGAUGCCCCCAUAAUCCAGCAAUCCCACUUCUGGUAUGUAUCUAAAAUAAUCGGAAGCAGGAUCUUGAACAGACCCUUGCAUAUCCAUGUUCAUGGUGACAUUAUUCACAAUAGCCAAGAAGUGGAAGUAACCCAGUGUCUGCCAGCAGAUGAAUGUAUAAACAAAAUGUGAUGCACAUACAGAAUGGAAUAUUAUUCAGCCUUAAAAAGGAAAGAAAUACUAACAUGCUAUAAUAUAGAUGAGCACUAAGAAUAAAUAUUAUGCUGAGUGAAGUAAAGUCACAAAAAGGCAAAUACAGUAUGACUCCACUUAUAUGAGGAACUUAGAGUAGUCAAAGUCACAGAGACAGAAUAGUCAUCGCCAGGGUCUGAGGGCAGGAGGAAACAGGAAGUUGUUUAAUGGGUAGAGUUUCCUUUUUGCAAUCUAUGUUACAAUCUGUUUAGUACUAUCGGAGAUCUAUUUUACAAUGAUGUGGAGACCUAUUUUACAAUCAUGUGAAUCUACUUAAUACUACUGAACUGUACACUUAAAAACAAUUACAGUGGUAAAUUUUAGAUUAUGUGGCUUUUUUUAAACCACAAUUAAAAAUUUUAAGGAGGAAAACUCUACACCUAUUCCAUUCCUGUUCGCUCCACCCACAACCUUAAGCAAUCACCACCCUAUUUUCUGUCUCUAGAGAUGCAUCUGUUCUGGACUUUUCAUAUAAAUAGAAUCAUACGAUAUAUAGAAUUUUUGGUGUAGUAGAAUGUUUUUAAGAUUUUUCCAUGUUACAACAUGUAUCAAUACUUCAUUGCUUCUUUUUGCCCAGUAAUACUCCAUCCACUCUGUGGAUAACACAUUUUAUUUACUCAUUCAGCAAUUGAUGAACAUUUGGGCUGUUUCUAUUAAUUGGCUAUUAUGAAUUCUGCUGCUAUGAACAUUUAUUGACAAAUUUUUCUAUGGACAUAUGUUUUCAUUUCUCUUGGGCAUGAAUACCUAGGAGUGUAUAUGCUGGGUCCUGGUAGCUCUAUGUUGAACAUUUUGAGGAAUUGAAAACUUUUCCAAAGUGGCUGCACCAUUUUAUAUUCCUGCCUAUGGUAUAUAACGGUUCAGAUUUCUUCACAUUUACCAACAUGUGUCCUUACCUGUCUCUUUGAUUAUAGCCAUCCCACUGGGUGUAAAGUGGUACCUCAACUUACACCAACUGGGUGUAAAGUGGUUUUAAUUUGCAUUUUCCCAAUGGCUAAUAAUGUUGAGCAUCUUUUCAUUUGCUUUUCAGCCCUUUGUAUAUCUUUGGAGAACUAUCUUUUCAGAUCCUUUACCUGUUUUGUAGUUGGGUUAUUUAUCUUUUGAUAAUUGAGUUACGAGGGGUAGUAUAUUCUACAUACAGGCCCCUUCUCAAACAUGAUUAGCAAAGAUUUUCUCCCAUUCUGGAGCUUGUUUUUUUCACUUUUUUGAUGAUUUCCUUUGUGGCACCAAAGCUCUUAAUUUUGAUGAACUCCAAUUCAUCUGGCUUUUCUUUUGUUGCUUUAACCACUACCUAAUCCAUUACCAAAUCCUAAUACACUCCUAUGUGUUCUAAGAGUUUUAGCUCUUGCAUUUAGGUCUGUGAUUUAUUUUGAGUUAGUUUUUGUGUAUAGUGUUAGGGGUCCAACUUCAUUCUUUUGUUGUCCCAACACCAUUUGUUCAAAAAACUUACCUGCCCUUUUGAAUUGAUGUGACACUUGUCAAAAAUUAACGGACCAUUAAUGCAGGGGUUUAUUUCUGAGCUCUCUGUUCUGUUAAUCUAUGUGUUUAUUUAUUUUAAUUUCUUUCAACAAUGUUAUGUAGUUUUCAGAGCAUAAAAUGUGUACUUAUUUUGUUAAAUAUAUUCCAAAGUAUUUUA